GCUUGUCCCGUGCCCUCUGCCACGUUGUCUCCUCAGUCCUAUUCUAUCGCAAUUUCUUCAUCCCAUUCGUGUAACCUCCAUCAUUUCGGUGUCUGUUCAAGCCCUCAUCUCAAAACCAUGAUAUAGAAUUCGGGUCAUCGGGAGUACCAGGUUUUGACAUGCGCGUUCUUGCAUCAAUCUGCAGCUCCAGUUCCGAUCUUGCAAGGUUUACGGCGCCCCCUCGUCUGUCGGUGUGAUUACGCCAAUCAUCCAGCAUGGCUCACACUCUUUUCUCGACAUGUUCGUUGAACCUAUCGGCUAAACUAUCUACCAAGGGAUGCCUUGUGCGCCUCGAUCAAGCCCUCAGGCCGAGCGUCGUUCAUCUACGCGUGCGACAAAAUCAACACGCAAAGCACCAUGUUCAUUCGCGGGCACGCGGCCUUGUUCCGCCCUGGGUCCAAUCUAAUGCCCUGACGCGAAGUUCACCAAAAUCGGUUGUAGUAUGGACGAGAUCAAAGUCCGAGGUUCCCACCUCGUCGGUGCCGUAUACAGAGCUGACCUUGGGUGUUCCAAAAGAAACCCAUCCUGGGGAACGCCGCGUGGCUGUGGCUCCCCAAAACGUUCCCCUGCUUUUGAAGAAGGGAUUCUCAAGGAUCAUUGUUGAAAGCGGCGCUGGCGCCGAAUCUGAAUACCCGGACGAACUUUAUGAACAUAUGGGCGCCCAAGUGGUUGACCGUAAGACUGUCUUUUCCGAAAGCAACAUUCUUCUAAAAGUUCGACCACCAAACGUGGAAAAUGAGGUCCCCAUCAUUCGUCAGGGCGCGGCCUUGAUCUCCUUCGUUCAACCGGCCCAAAACAAGAAACUGGUCGAUGCUCUUGCUGAGCGUCACGUCACUACAUUCGCGAUGGACAUGAUUCCGAGAAUCUCACGAGCACAGGCGUUCGAUGCUCUCAGUUCUAUGGCUAACAUUGCUGGCUACAAGGCUGUUCUAGAGGCGUCUAAUCAUUUCGGUCGUUUCCUAACCGGUCAGGUCACAGCUGCUGGCAAGAUUCCUCCCUCGAAAGUCUUGGUCAUUGGUGCCGGUGUAGCAGGUCUCAGCGCUAUUACCACGGCUCGUCGAUUGGGAGCGAUCGUGCGUGGCUUUGACACCCGUUCGGCUGCUCGUGAACAAGUUCAAUCACUGGGUGCCGACUUUCUUGAGGUUACCGUCCAGGAGGAAGGUGCCGCAGCUGGCGGAUACAGUAAAGAAAUGUCCAAAGAGUUUAUCGAAGCAGAAAUGAAGCUGUUCAUGGAACAAUGCAAGGACGUUGACAUUGUCAUCACAACCGCCCAAAUUCCUGGCAAGGCCUCUCCAAAACUCAUCACGGAAAAAAUGGUCAGCGCCAUGAAACCCGGCUCUGUCAUUGUCGACCUCGCUUCCGAGGGAGGAGGGAAUUGCGAAGUCACGCAACCAGGAAAGUUGAUUGUCCACAAUCAUGUCACCGUCAUCGGGUACACAGACUUCCCAUCGCGACUUCCAACGCAAUCAUCCAGUCUGUACUCGAAUAAUAUCACGAAGUUCCUGCUAUCUCUUGCACCCCAGGACAAUGCAUUUGGUAUUGACAUGGAAGAUGAAGUCACCCGUGGUGCCAUCGUAACGCACAAUGGCCAAGUCAUCCCUCCUGCGCCCCGACCUGCACCACCACCGCCAUCGACACAACAGUCGCACGAACCUGAGACGAAACCGGUCGAGUUGACCCCAUGGCAAAAACAGACUCGACAGGUCGCAACCGUGACUGGAGGUAUGAGUGCUGCACUUGCGUUGGGAAAACUUACUAGUCCGUUGUUCAUGGGUAGUAUGUUCACUGCCGGUCUUGCUGGUUUAAUCGGAUACCGCUCCGUCUGGGGUGUGAUCCCGGCUUUGCACUCGCCUCUCAUGAGCGUGACCAACGCCAUCUCUGGGAUAGUCGGUGUUGGUGGAUUCUUCAUCAUGGGGGGUGGUUAUUUGCCCGAAACUGUGCCCCAAGCCCUGGGGGCGCUGUCCGUCUUGCUUGCAUUUGUCAACGUCUCUGGAGGCUUUGUGAUAACAAAGAGGAUGCUGGAUAUGUUCAAACGACCUACUGAUCCACCUGAAUACCCGUGGCUGUAUGCGGUCCCCGGUGUACUCUUUGGCGGUGGCUUUAUCGCCGCGGCAAGCACUGGAAUGGCUGGCCUUGUUCAGGCAGGGUAUUUGGUGAGCAGUCUGCUUUGCAUAGGUUCAAUUUCGGGUCUUGCGUCACAGGCAACCGCUAGAACUGGAAACUUGCUUGGUAUCCUAGGUGUAUUAUCGGGUAUACUCGCAUCGCUUGCGGCGGUUGGAUUCUCGCCUGAAGUGAUGACACAAUUUGGUGGAAUCGUAGCCGUCGGUGCUCUUGUUGGUGCUUUGAUCGGCAGGCGUAUCACACCUACCGAACUUCCACAAACUGUUGCAGCUUUGCAUUCAGUGGUCGGUCUAGCCGCCGUUCUUACCAGCAUAGGAUCUGUCCUUGCCCAUGUUUCUGACAUUUCAACGCUGCAUAUGGUUACUGCAUAUCUGGGUGUUCUUAUCGGCGGUAUAACGUUCACGGGUUCUAUCGUGGCUUUCCUCAAGCUUGCAGGAAGAAUGUCCUCACGUCCGACCAUCUUACCUGGUAGACAUUUGAUAAACUCAAGCCUUCUCGCCGCCAAUGCUGGUACAAUGGGCGCAUUCGUCACUAUGGCUCCUGGAGCACCGACUGUUGCUGCCAUGUGUCUAUCCGCCAAUACUAUCUUGAGUUUCGCCAAGGGAUAUACGACGACGGCGGCAAUAGGAGGCGCAGAUAUGCCUGUUGUUAUCACCGUGUUGAAUGCAUAUUCCGGCUUCGCACUCGUCGCCGAAGGUUUCAUGCUAGACAAUCCACUUUUGUUGACCGUUGGAUCAUUGAUUGGCGUGAGCGGUUCGAUUUUGUCUUAUGUUAUGUGCGUGGCGAUGAACCGAUCGCUAACAAACGUCUUAUUUGGUGGCAUCGCUCCUAUCGUACAAACUCCAGGACAGGAGAUUAAAGGUCAAGUUACAAAGACAACGGUAGAAGAGACUGUCGAAUCAAUGGCGAAUGCAGAAAGUGUCAUUAUUGUCGUCGGUUACGGUAUGGCUGUGGCCAAAGCACAAUAUGCAAUCGCCGAAAUCACGGCCCUACUCAGGUCCAAAGGAGUGAAUGUUCGAUUUGCGAUCCACCCGGUCGCGGGACGUAUGCCCGGACAGUGUAACGUCCUCCUGGCCGAAGCGAGCGUGCCAUACGACAUCGUACUCGAAAUGGAUGAGAUCAAUGACGAUUUCCCGGACACCGACCUCACACUUGUCAUUGGAGCCAAUGACACGGUGAACCCGAUCGCAUUGGAACCCGGUAGUCCCAUCGCGGGGAUGCCAGUGUUGCAUGCGUGGAAGAGUAAGAACGUCAUUGUGAUGAAACGAGGAAUGAGUAGUGGUUACGCUGACGUGCCUAACCCAAUGUUCUACAUGCCUGGUACGAAGAUGUUGUUUGGUGAUGCGAAGAGUACUUGUGACGCUCUCAAGGCGGCAUUGGAAACUAGAUACAAGGCACAAUUUCAUGUGUAAAUGUUGCAGUCGGCAAGAAUUUGGAAACCGAAGAGCAGGAAUGAGAACGAGAGGAGAGGAGAAAGGACUCGGGGCUUUGAAUGAUGAAUAUGUGAAGAUGGUCAUUGUGCUGAGCUUUUUGUUGUGUGUUCGCGCAGAAGAAAUAAAUAGUUUGCACAAUGAUUUUUGUUUUUGGUCAGAGACUUGAACAUUAUGAUUCAGUGGUAGUGCUAGAUGAGACACAGUAAAAAC